AUGGAGGCUCGUGGCGCAUCUUUUGAAAGUUAUCAAGAAAUACCGAGCACAUUAUCUAACAGAUUUGACAGUAAUAUUAGUUGGAGGGAAAUUAAUAUUAAAUCAGUCAACACAAUAAUCACAAACUUCAAAAAACCUAUUGUCAUUUUGUCGGCAGUUUUGAUAAAAUAUGCCACUCAGACUAAAGUAAAUCAAACUAUUUUUGCAGUAAAUCAGCGUGAAAUAAGAAAUAUCAAACCAACAUGUCCAGCUGGUGGCUAUCCAUAUAGGCAGAGUGAUGACUUACAGUUACUUACAAGAAACAGGAAAAUAGAGCUGACUGUUCUAGAGCUAACUGAAGUGAGUUUCGACUUCAACCUGAUAAAUUCCAAUUUGCGAAUAAAGUUUGAGGGAAGUCACAUAGCCAGUGUGCCACACAUUUACGAAUCAAAUGAACAUGUUUUCAUUUUAAUUGCUACUUCAACUGGCAUAUUUAGAUUUCAGUUCAUCCAUCCAAAUACCCAACACAAGGAUGUUGGAAGUUUAAGCUUAAGAGCAGAUGUUCAGUCAAUUUUUUCAAAUGCUACACUUUCGUCUUGCUUGGGAUCUCCUAAUUAUCACAUGUUCUCAAUUUCUGGUCCUGAUGUCUCUGAUUGUGUUUGCUGCUGUGCUUUUCAUUCCUCCAAUGACUCCAGCGUGUUUGCUUUUUCUCAUCAAACUGGUUCCAUCAGUUGCUUCAAUUUGCCUCAUCCAUCCUCAUUCAGUUCAACAGUUUUGACAAGAGAAAUAAAGCAAGGAGUGAUGUCUCGCUUCUUGGGAGGCCUGGUCACUAGCGUCAUGAGAUCUAGUGCAUCAGUUAAUCAGGGUUGUGCCAGCAUGUGCAUGUAUGAAGAUGAGUUAGGUGGCAUGUUCAUCUGUGGAGUCACAUUUGAUUAUAAGAUCAAACUCUGGUCCAUUAGCUCAUCAGAGCUCUUAUUGACUGAAGAUCCAAUGAAUGAUGAUUUCAUAGAUAGUCUGAAGAACAAUACUGUCUUAGGGUCGAAAAAUCUGGUGAUGAAAUACAUUCAUGAUACUUCUGCUGGUUAUGCCGUCUUCAUGGCUGUCUAUCUUCAUAAGCCAGGUGGCUCACAGUUUCAAGUCUAUCGAAUCAACAAUUCGCCAUCUAAAUCAUCUAUGGAACUAGUCGGCCAGGUGGAAGCAAAUCAGGCAAACGUCAUAGAUUACAUUUUUGACAUUGAUGUUUUGUACGUCCUGCUGGAGUCGCCACAGGAAGGCUCUUAUGUCCAGUACCAUUACUUAGAUUGCAGUUAUGCAGAUCAAGUUGGUGAUAAGAACGGCAUGUACACGAGCUGGUUCAGUGUCCGCAUGCACAAAGGUGUACCAAAAACUUCAUACAAACAUGCCACGUCUGUACACGGCGAGAAGUUGAGGAGUGCCUCAAGGAUGCAGCUGAAACAGGAAGUCUCUGAUGCUAUUGAGGACAAGUUGCACCAGACAGCAUGUGAGAUGCAGUAUGAUAUGGAGGAAUUCGAAUUUUUGGAGCUUCAUCAUCAGCAGUGGUCCAAGUUCUAUGCCAGUUGUGUUUACUUUUACAAGCAAUCGUUGAAGUACUUGGGUAUCGUGAAAGAUUCGAAAACUGGACUACUCUUGCUCAUCAAGACGAGUGAUUUGAGCGUGUUGAGAACUUGUGAUGUCGUCGAUCGCUACCUUUUAGGCGUUGGAGCUGAUUUUGAAAGUUUUGGACUCGAUGUGCCUCAUUAUCUCAAAACUUUUCCCAAUUUUCAAUUCAAUGGACAAUCAUGCCACAACCUGAACCUUCUACGCGAAUAUUUGGCGGUCGUCUCACAAACCAUGUCCUCUACCAGCAGUGACUCUAACGAGAAUGAAUUCUGUAAAGACGGCGAUAUCGCAUCCACAUUCGUCAUCUCUAAAUACUGCGUCAAAGAAAUAGCCGAGGAACACAUAAAAAGAAACUUUGAGUUCUUAGACGGAAGUUUGAGUCAGCUGAACAAGCACUCGAUGAAUGCGAUGGUGGAGAGUUUGAGGAUGCUGGUCGACAUGAUUGAUCUUCGUUCUGCAGUUGAAGACGACCAGGCCAGUGCUGACGUUGAUGAUCCUGCUUUUCAAGCCAUGGAAAGACAGGCUGUAAGGUUAUUUUUCAGUAAAGAAGGAAUGAGAUCACUUUGCACGAGCAUUGAGCAGUUGAUGACGAACAGAUAUAAGCUGGCUUGCAAUGUACUUUCUCUCAUCUACUUCCUCAAGAAAAAGGUGCAAGGGCGUUUGGUAACGGAGUUGAACAAAACAGUCGAGCGCUUGGUGACUGUCAUGAACAUCUUCAGAUCAAUCAUCUGGUCCAUUAACACCCCCGUGUUUCAUGUUAAAACAAAAUGCUUAGACUCGACGAAAAAAGUGACCUCCCUGAUGAAGUUGAUUUGUGAGCAGCAGAGCAUGGGGGCUCCUCUCACUGAAGUUCCAACGUUGACGCUGAUGGAGCUGUUUGUAGCAACUGAAGGUCGCGGCGUGCUUGCGAGUGAAUUGACGAGACACCUGAUGAGAAAUCGGUCGAACAAGUCCACACCUCACAUGUUCUGUUGGCCGAAUUUAUCAGGCUUGAAGUUUGUACUGAGCCUUUUGUACCACGGUCAGCACGUCCAUCUGCAAACUUACAUCCAUAAUAUGGUGGAUUACUUUGAAGAGUGUGAGGGCUCGUUCAAUCUCAUCUUGGGCCUCUCUUCACUCGUCACAGGGGAACCAGAAAAAGCCUUGUACUACUUGCAGACAGCUGGUGAGUAUCUUGACAAGGAGAAGUUGUUGAUGGAGUUGGUUGAAAAAUCAGAUCUACAAUCGAUUAAAACAUAUUUCUAUUUGUUGGUGAUGGAGUUGUUUGAAGAGUUCAACCUGCCAUCAUGUUCCAUCGACGCUGCUCACCACAUCCUUCCGUUUGUUUCCUCUGAUGAUCCUAAGUUGGUUACUCUUUGGAUCAAAGUGUUCAAAAACUCGAUGGAUCUGGAACUCUAUGAUGAGGCAUUCACUGCAAUUCUUAUGAAUCAAGAUAAGAGCAGCCGCAGAGAUUGUCUGAGGCAGUACUUCAUGAAACUUUACGAGGAAAAAGAGUACAGCUUGAUUGGAUCGAAAGCAAAUCAGUGUCACGACCUGUUCAUCAAUCAUGAAUUGAUUGAUCUGCUUGAGCAGCAAGCCAGGAUGACUGAUUUCACUAAGCAAUCAUUCUACGAACUUCUUCAUGCAAUACAUUACCGCAAGAAGAACUAUCAAGCUGCUGCAACCGUUUUGUACGAGUUGGGUAUGAAAUGGGGAUAUGAGGUGGGGGGCAUGGAAGGACUAACCAAGAUGAUUCAUUGGAUCAGAACGUGCAUUUCUUGCCUGCAUCUACUUCAGCCUCUAGAUGCUUUUGUGCUGCUGCCUGCUGAGCUGAAAGAAAGCAACUUCUAUAGGGACAUUCUACAUCAUUUGAACUCUAAAAAGAUCAAUUCCGCUACUGAAAAGGUUCCAACUGGCUCCAAAGUGGUCCUCCUCGACUUGAAUGAAAUUGAAAGAGAAAAUUUUUUGUCAAUUUGCCUAUUGUGCAUAUACAACCUGCCCUCUACUGAUAAAAAGAUUUUAUGGAAGUCAGUAAGACUGAGUCCGGAUGAGACACUGGGCCUGCUCUGCAAUGCAGGCAUCUACGACAAAGCAUUCAUCUUGGCCGAUCACUUCAACCUCUCUUGCUCUGAAGUCUUCGAAUCGCUCACGAUGAGGUUCAGCACUUUUUAUUGCUUCGUCAGUAUCAUGAGAACGUUGCAAGUGGCUCUAUGUGGCCAAUGCAUUAGACUUUCCAAUCAACUUUUCCAACCAUCAACAUCUUCUUUGGCCUCCUCCGGACAGAACGCCGAGUGGUUGGAUCAUAAUUAUUACACAAAUGACGUGGAUAAACAGUACUGUUCAGAAGCCGAUAGGGCAUGGAGGUACUUGAAAUUUUCUCUGGAAAAUUAUGAGUCCACUGAGACGAAAGAGUUUCCACUCCCACUGAAGACGUUGUCAACCUCAUCAACAACUUAUCACAGAGCUAUCACAAAAAAAUUAUUAUCAUUCAAUUUUGCGCUGCCCGCCUGGUUGGUUGCCUCCUACAAGCACCUGGAUGCACCCGAACUGAUGCACGUUCUGUGGGAGCAUGGCGAGAUCCCCGAACUGACCGACCUCAUCGUUGAUUACAUGCAGGCUGUUGCUGGCAGAGGAAGCGAAGCAUUUAACAUCACUGCUAGUGAGCCUGAAUUGAAGUGGGAGGACUUGUAUCACCGGCGAACGUUUCUGCCUUACACAUUGAUUCACGAAGUUGUCAGCAACUUGGAGAUGCUUUCUUCAACCCAUCCUGCCUUCAAAAAAAUGCUUGAUAGGGUAACGAAAGCCAUGAAUGGUUACCUGAAAUUUUAUGAAAGCCAUGCAAACAUUUACCAUUUAGCUCACCAUGAAAGAUAAAAAUUCAUGAACAGAAAUAAAUCAACGCUGUACUUUUUUACGUUAUUAGGAAGGAUUAAUAAACUUUGUUGCUACUAUACGUAUUUUAUAUUUUAUUUGCUUUUAGAUAAAUUUCAAUAAAGAAAACUCUUCUUCUGGCUGUAAA